AUGCUUUUGAACUACGUCAACAGUGGCGCAACCCCCGUCAUUGGGUCUGGUAACGGGUGCCCUGGUCAAAGCUUGUUCUUUCGUUAUAUGAAAGGCUCUCGUUCUACUCGCUUCCUAUUCACCUUCGAUGGGGAAGAGGUUUUGAUGCAGGAAGUGGGUGCUAAAUUGGAAAAUGAGAGUAAUGAGACAGACCCUUCAGAGUCCUAUCUCGCUAAUGCGCCCAGAUGGGUUUUUGAUCGAUACUACCACGAAGAUAGCGACGAUGGAGAGGUUUGGGUCCACCAAAUCGGAAAAGAAAAUAAGCCUAGGGGACACGAAACAGAGUUGUGGAAAUUCACUAACCGCGACGGCGAAGUCGCUUACGGCCAGUGCCCGCUGGACUGGUGGGAGGACUGGGACCCUGAUGACGGAGAUUUAGCAGAGCCUACUCCGUAUUGUGAUUAUCUCUUCUAUUUCGUGGCUGAGAGACAACCAGUCUUUAUGGCUGGAUACAAAUCCGCGCGGCCACCACUCGGAGCUAUUCGGUAUGAUGAGGAUGAGGGUGAACUUGUCUCAAAGCUUAUGAGGAGUGUGAUGGGCUUGGGUGUUCAAUGGUCAUUAACCAUGUCUUCUUUAGCCAAGAGUAAGCUUCAAAGUUUUGAGAGGUGGAAAAUGAAGUUCGGAGUUAAGUAA